AGCGUCCGGGCCGGCGGAGCGGCGUCGGCGGGGUUGGCCGGGGCGAAGGGGCGCUAGAACCUGGGCGGGUGGGCCGGCCAAGGGCCGGGGGUCGAGGUCCGGGAGCGGGUGACGGGCGUGCCUGGGGCUCGCCCCCGCGCGGUCGUCGGAGCGGGCUGAGCUCCCGCGCCCGCGCAGUCCGGGGGGAUGCGACCCGGGGCCCCGGGGCGGGGCGGGCGGCGGCGGCUGCAUCGCGAGCGGCGCAGGGGGCGGGUGGCGGUGGCGGUGGCGGCGGCAUGAGGCGCGGGGCCGGUGUCCGCGGGAGGGAGGCGCUGCCGGCGGCCCGGUCGCUCCCGCUGCAACUGCUCGCCGGCUCGCUGUGCCCUGCCAGCUGGGCCUCGGCCGCUCUCGUCUCGGCCGCCUCCCGGGCUGCCGCUGGUGACCACUCGCCGCGCCGCCGGAGGCUUCACCCGCGCCCUCCCCCAGGACGCGCCCGCGGAGCUCGGGCCCCUUCGCCCCGGACGCGGAGGCCGCGCUGCGCGGGGCGGCGGCGAGGCCGGAAGAUGGCCUGGGUGCUCAAGAUGGACGAGGUGAUCGAGUCUGGGCUGGUGCACGACUUCGACGCCAGCCUUUCGGGCAUCGGGCAGGAGCUGGGCGCCGGCGCCUACAGCAUGAGUGAUGUGUUGGCAUUGCCCAUUUUCAAGCAGGAAGAUCCUAGCCUUCCAUUGGAUGGUGAAACGAAACAUCCACCCUUUCAGUAUGUGAUGUGUGCUGCCACAUCACCGGCAGUAAAACUACAUGAUGAAACACUCACUUACUUGAACCAAGGUCAGUCUUACGAAAUUCGGAUGUUGGAUAAUCGGAAAAUGGGAGAUAUGCCUGAGAUCAGUGGAAAGUUGGUAAAGAGCAUCAUAAGGGUUGUAUUCCAUGACAGACGGCUACAAUAUACAGAACAUCAGCAACUUGAAGGUUGGAAGUGGAAUCGCCCAGGAGACAGACUUCUUGAUUUAGAUAUUCCAAUGUCUGUGGGCAUAAUCGAUACAAGGACAAAUCCAAGUCAGUUAAAUGCAGUUGAGUUUCUGUGGGACCCUGCAAAACGUACAUCUGCUUUUAUUCAGGUACACUGCAUCAGCACAGAAUUUACUCCUCGGAAACAUGGAGGUGAAAAGGGAGUACCUUUCAGGAUCCAGGUUGACACCUUUAAGCAGAAUGAAAAUGGAGAAUACACAGAUCAUCUUCACUCCGCUAGUUGCCAAAUUAAAGUUUUUAAGCCUAAAGGUGCAGACAGAAAACAAAAAACUGACCGAGAAAAGAUGGAAAAAAGAACAGCUCAUGAAAAAGAAAAGUAUCAGCCGUCCUAUGAUACCACAAUCCUCACAGAGUGUUCUCCGUGGCCUGAUACCCCCACAACCUAUGCGAAUAACAGCCCUUCACCAGCGCCCACUUUCACCUCUUCCCAGCAGAGCACUUGCAGUGUCCCAGACAGCAAUUCUUCUUCCCCAAAUCAUCAGGGAGAUGGAGUUUCACAGGCAUCUGGUGAACAAAUUCAGCCUUCAGCUACAACCCAGGAAACACAACAGUGGCUGCUCAAAAACAGAUUCUCUUCCUAUACAAGACUGUUUUCUAAUUUUUCAGGUGCCGACUUAUUAAAACUGACAAAGGAAGAUUUAGUUCAAAUUUGUGGUGCAGCCGAUGGAAUUCGGCUCUAUAAUUCACUGAAGUCAAGGUCGGUUAGGCCCCGCUUAACCAUCUAUGUCUGCCAGGAGCAGCCGAGUAGUGCCACCCUGCAAGCGCAGCAGCAAGCUGCAGGCAGUGGAGGCGAGAAUGGCAGUGGGACGCCUUACGUUUACCAUGCAAUCUACUUGGAAGAAAUGGUUGCCUCAGAAGUUGCGCGAAAACUUGCGUUGGUGUUUAAUAUUCCUCUCCACCAAAUUAACCAGGUUUACAGACAGGGUCCCACUGGCAUCCACAUUCUUGUUAGUGAUCAGAUGGUUCAGAACUUUCAAGAUGAGAGUUGUUUUUUAUUCUCUACAGUAAAAGCUGAAAAUAAUGAUGGUAUCCACAUAAUUUUGAAGUGAUGUCCUAUGUAGACUGAACUAUAUCCAGUACCAAAUAAAGUCACGCUAAAAGUGUGUGAAGACUGAAUCCAAGAAGUCUUGGGAUUGGAUUUUACUAUAUGAAAUGUUUCAUAUUGAAAACACAGAUGACCUUUCUAAUGAGUUGUAUGAGAGGCAAAUCUCACUGUCACUGCCAUAGCCAAGCAUCCUCGUGAGAGUGAGCACGUCGGGACAGCGUGCAUCCAGCUCUGGAGGCCGUGGGGCAGGCGUGGCUACCUGCUUCUCUGGCAGAGGCCAGUAGAUACAGUUCCCAGAAGCAGCCCUUGGGCUUUUUACACUGUAUGCGGUUUGGAAAUGAAUGUAAAACUUAACCAUGGGCAUUUACCUAUCUGUGCCAGUUUGGUUUCUAUUACCUGAACCUUAUGCUGACCUGGGGAGGAGAUGGGGGACAGUGCUAUUGUGGAGCCAGAAAGGAUUCCUUCAGCAGAGAGAUGGACUGUGCUGAUGGUCAGGUAAGAGGCUCGGCACCUUCUCAGAAGAAAUCAUGUCUAAGGGUAUAGGUUUGAAAUGAUCAUGCCAGACUGGAGAGGAUCCAAGCCAGGAAGAUGGGCUUGAAGCAAACUGCAUUAUCAGGAGUACCUUGGUGAGAGGAUCAGUGUAAAUCCUAAUAGGUACAAAGACUUGUGUUUUUGCUUUGUCACAGAUUUAUUGAAUAACGUUUUUUGCUUCUGCUUCCAAUUUUAGCAUUUUAGUUUCUGGUUUUCAUUUUUUUGAAGCCUCCUUGCCUUUUAGACUCGUGGUUUUCUUUCUUGUUUCCUUCUUAUUUCUCCACCCCCUCACUCCUGAGCAUUUUUGAAGACCUACCCCAGACGUUGGAAAUAGGUGACAUAGGUAGGAGGCACAAAGUUUUAUUGUUGGUAGCUUCUGAGUUGGUGUUAUGGGAUCUUUGUUAUGAACAAGAUGAGAUUUUUCAUGGAAACACUAGAUAUCAUAAAUCUAACACUAAAAUGUACCAAAAAAAAAAAAAAAAAUCCCUUGGUCUCUUCUUAAGAUACUGAGCUUCAGUACAAUCAUGAAUAAACAUUCGGAUUCGGAUUGAGAGGUUUUUAAUAACCACACAAUGGCUUUUUCUUAAAGUAUGCAUCUUUCAUAAAAAGUGUGCUAGCAACUUCCCCCCCAACCCACCAAAGGGAAUCCACUGGUUUCUUCUUUUGCUCCUCCCUUCACUCAGAGCCUUCCCAGAAUUCAUUGAGCAUUUUUUGAGGCCUAUGGUGUAUCAGACUGAAUUUUUAAACUUUUUAAUUACAGCAUCUCUGUUUACUAAGCUCUUUUGGCUUUGAAUGUACCAUUUGAGCCUCGUCUUUGUUCAGGUGGAAAUAGGAAUGAUUAAUUGUAAGUUUGAAAUCUCUCCCAGAAGACAAAUGACUUCACUAGGUGAAAGCUUUGACAUUUUGGCUUAUUCAUAAAGGGGUUAAUUAUUUGCUACAAAGAAGCACUGUCUGAAUAUUUUCAUCUUAGUUCAGAAAUGUGUUACUCCUAUAGACCAUGUAGGAGGAGAGUUUUCCUUUCUGUCCUUCUCCCCUUUGCUUUUGUGUGACCACAUGUUUUCUGUACCAGUCACUUGGUUCUUGAAAGAAGUAAGCUUCUCAGUUGUUUUAGAGUUUUGCUUGUCUAUUUAGCAUUCCUUUGGGUCUCAUGAUUUAUGGAACAAUAAAUGUCAUUUAAUGCUGUGUGCUAUUUUGAAUUCAUCAGGUUUUAGAAAAGUGGGAUAAAAUACAAGCUCAUCAAACUUGAAAUUAAUACUGAGUGGCAUUGACCGUUAGUCUGUCCCAGUAAAACAGGUUAAAUAAAUUAUGGCACCAGCAAAUUUGCUACUUUGUUUUUUUAAUAGUAGGAUGUACACAUUUCAGUACAAUAAAUGUUUUCCGAUUGUUUUGCAAA